GUGCUAUAGUAUGUAUUGAAAACGUGGCACACUGCAAAAAACAGAAUAUUCCAAUUAUUAUUGGACGCGAAUUUUUGGAAAAGGAAGAUUUAUUUAAUAUGCCUUGCUCAUCAUCAUUGCUUGGGGUUUAUUCCGUAAAAUCAUUAUCAGAUUUGAAAUCAUGGCCAUUGAAAAAUGUGAUAAAAAAAUAUGUCAAAUUACCAUAUGAAAAUGUUAAAUACGCAGUUUUUCCAUUAAUACACAAUGAAGUAAUUAAUAUUCAUUGACACAGAAAUGACUGAUAAAUUUUAUGCAAUCGUGGAAUUCGAAGAUGGACUACAAAUUAUACCAAAUAAUUGGUUAAGUGGAGACUUAAAGAAAGCUUUUUGGCCAAAUUUUACAAACAACAAGCGGUAUGAUAAAGCAGUUAAAUUGAGGGAGGAGCCAGAAUAUACUUGGUUGGAGCAUCCUAUUCGAAAAAUAUAUGGAACAUUUCAAAACUAUGGAGUGGCAAGGAAAAAGUUAAAAGAUGCCGAAGAAUUAUCCGACAUUAACUCUGGCCCUGAUAUAGAAGAAAAUUUAAAAAGGUCGAGAAAAAUUAGAGCCGCUAAAAUUGUUGACGAAACAAGUAACGAUACUGAUGAAUCAUUAGACGAAAUGAUACAAGUCUCAGAAAUUCCAAAGUUUCCAAACAAGCAUUCGAUGACUGCAGAAACCAGUAAAACAUCAAAAAUUACAGAAAAUGCAUCAAAAAAUGUUAAUAAUUUGGAAAGAAAAUAUACAGCAACACAAAGAAGCAACAUAAAGAAGUUUGCAAACAUAAACACAAAUAUAGAAAAAGGAACAGAUGAUUCAUCUUUACAUUGCAAUAAAAAUUUGAUUGACGCACCGGUAGAACAAUCGUUUGAUGAAACCGACGAUGAAGUUUAUGUACAAUUUCCAAUUCAACUAGAAAAUAAAACAUCGUCAAAUUUAUCAAUUCAUAAGCAAGCUCUGCAUUGCAAUGGAAAUGUGCUUGAUGCAUCCGCGGAACAAUUGUUUGAUGAAGUCGAUGAAGUUAAUGCAAACAUGCCAAUUCAAUUGAAAAACAAGGCAUCAUCAUCAAAUUCAUUGAUUAAUAAGCAAGAAUCUGAACCGUACGAACGAUUUGUCAUCCAUAAACUUAUAAGUUUAGAAUUAAAACUAAACUCUAUAGAAAGAUGUCAAAAACUUAUUCUAAAGAAAAUUUCAAUCGACACUUUUGAAGCCAAAAAAAAAGAAACAAUAGAUAUCUAUCAAGAUUUACCGUUAAAAACUGAAACUGAUUUACAAUCAAUGGAAAACAAAUUAAAUAAUGAUUCAUUAUAUCGAAAUGAAAUGGUUAAACAAUUAGUCCAUGUUACAUGCCAGGAUCUGAGGACUUCUUGUAUACGUCUUAUGAAAAUAAUUUUUGCAAAUGAACUGGCCGUAAAUUAUAGUUGGUACGGAGCAAAAAAGAAAGAAAAUUUUUCCAAAUUGCACAUAUGCAAAGUUAUUAUGAGUGCAGUAAGAAAAUUGCACAUUAAUGCUACAGAUGAACAGAUUUCAGCUCCAAUAAAAAUAUGGUUGGCUCAUGCCAAAGAGCGUAUGCAGAGACAAACAUUGAAUAGUGAAAAGGAUUAAACUAGUACUUCGUUGAGUUUUUCUUGUCUUUUCUUGAAUCUUUAUAAUUUAUAAUUUGUUUUGAGUUAUUGUUGAUAACGUUUAUAAUGAUGAUUAUCCGUCCUUUUUAUUUUAAGUAGAUAUUCUUUUAGAUU